UGAUCACGGUGCUCAGCCCUAUCCUGGACUACGGACGCUGUUUUGUCAGGCACCCGUAUGAACACAGCAUAAAGCUGCACAACGACUCAGACCUGCCAGCCAAGUACGAACUUGUUCCCCAGGUUGUCACAGAAGACACGCCUAUACUCUACAGGAGUCCUCAGUCUAAGGGAAUUGUGGAGCCCCACAGUGUGUUGGACGUUGCCCUGGUGAUGGAGCCCCAGGCCCUGGAGGAGCAGGAUGUCCUUGCCCACAUUGCUGUCUUUGGGAGCCCAGACCCUUACAUGUCUGUGCAUGUGGCUUGUAUAGGGGAGGGGCCGGUGGUGCAUGUGAUGCCGCUGGAGCUGGACUGGGGCGUUGUCCCCGUGCUGCAAGACAAACCUAAAACAAUACUACUGUCUAACGAGUCGCUCAUUCCUGCCAGAUUUACCGCACACAUGGUGCGGCCGAAAUCUGUGUACCGGGUGGAGCCGUCUGACGGGGAAAUCCCCCCGGAGAAGAGCCUUGAGGUGACAGUCACCGCCUGCCUUGAGGAUAGUGUCAGGUUCCAUGACAAGCUGCAAGUGAACUUUUUGGAGAGCCAAGUACGCCAAAUCCCCCUCACCUCGUAUGGCCAGGGCACCACCAUUGUGUCUGACCCGCCCCUUAUCCCCAACCUUGACCUUGGGCCUAACUUCAGUAACCGUCCAUACUGCAAGGUGUUCCAUCUGACAAACAAAGGGAGACGACAUCAACAGCUGGUUUGGAGUAUGGAUGGAUUCUCCCCCAUUGCCAAGGCUAAGAAGGAGAUGCAGAGUUACAACCCCUUGGACAUGAAAUACAGGAAUCAGCCGCCACCUCCGGCGCCCCUUUCCCCCGUGUUUAAGGUUACACCCAACAGGUUUGACCUCCCGCCUGGCACCAGCAUUGAUCUCCGUCUCGAGGGAUUUGUCUCCAGCCCGCAGUUUGUGAAGGAGCGUCUGCUGUGCCACGCUAUCAUUGGUCGGCAGGGCGGCAAGGAACUCAUCAUGAAGAUUGAUGUGUCCAGUGACUUCAUCAGUCCACUCCUGGAGUUCUCCACCAAGAGUGUUUAUUUCAGAGUGGAUAAGCAACCAGAGGACACUCUAGAGGCUGUGACCCGGGAGCUGGUCAUAAGUAAUGUAUCCAUGCUGCCUCUCACCACUGACCUCAAGCUCGCCUCGCCCUUCCACAUUCUGCUCGAGCAUGGAACCCAGGUCUCAGAAACUGAGGUUCACCUGGAGGUAAAUCAGACGUACACACUGCGGAUACGCUUCGACCCAGCAUAUCGUGAUGACCUUCACAUUCGCACCAUCGACGAGGUGCUGCAUGUUGCAUACAAGGAGCACCCACAUGUGGACUACAUAGCGCUUCGUGGUGAGGUCUACUUUCCCAACUUGGAGUUUGAGAAAACUGUUAUGGACUUUGGCUGUAUCCUGAAUGACACAGAGGUGACACGAUAUGUGAAUAUCACCAACAACAGCCCCAUGGUGGUCAAAUACAGGUGGUCUUUCUUGAUUGGAAAUGAGCCAUGUACGGUGAUAAAUCGGCCGGUGAGGGUGAUGAGCCCAAUCGAGGAUGCGCCUGCUAGUGAGGUUGCCAGUGAGAGAAGCAGUGGGGGUCAUGAGUCUGCUCGGGCCAAGUCUGCUACUCCUCCCCCAGAACCGUCCACUGUGGAGGUGAUCAUUCAGGAGCCCACUGAUAUGACAGACAACGAGCCAGAGAAAGCUGACACUGAGCCCACUAAAGAGGAAGGUGAAGUAACAGAGACGUUGGCUGGCAGCAUGUCACCUGUUAAGUCUCCAGACAGUGGACGAGAUGUGACAGCAGAUGGCAGUCCCGAUCAGGAAACCUCCCCUAGCGGUAUUGAGAUCACUACAGAGGAGGCUCCCGACAAGAUAGAUGUUGUGGAAGACAAGCCUGCUGAGGACUCGGAUCACACUCGACUUAGUCUGGAUGACCUGGAGCAGGAAGACUAUGAAGAGGACCCUCUCAAGACUAACCGUGCCCUCGCUGCACUUCUAGAGACUGAAUGCGCCGAGGACACAUCACCAAUUGGAGUUGAGGAAGUGUUUGACAUUCUGCCAUUGUAUGGGACCCUGCAACCGGGCGACACUGAGCAGGUUACCAUGACAUUCUACGGGCACGCUGACAUCUGGGGCCAGGCCCGUGCUGUCUGUGAGGUGGAGGGAGGGCCCGUUUAUGAGCUCACACUGAAGGGAGAGGCCUCCCUAGUCAGUUACAAGAUUGACUGUAAAGAAAUUCACUAUGGAAAACAGAUGUAUGACCAUGUCGCAAGCACCACGAUUUCUCUGGUGAACACGGGUAAGGUAGGCUUCAACUUCUGCUGCCUCAACAUGGACCCUGCCCUUGCCCGCAAGCCCAAACCGGGUGUGCCAGUUAUGGUUCCACAUGCAGGCUACAUAGAGCCGAUGAGCGAGCAAAAGCUGACAGUAAAGUACCUGCCGGGCGUGCCAGAGAAGUUUGACCGAUGUUUCCGCGUGCAGGUUGCCCACUUUGAGCCAGACUUGAUCACAGUGCACGGGGAGGGUGUGUUUCCCCGGGUCUCCUUGGACCUGCCAAGACUUGUUGAUGCAGAGGGCCACUACACAGGGCUGGUGCGCGAGGCAAAGCAGAAUGUGUACCAACGCACCAUGUCGAGUCUCGACCCCAAGGGCAGCCCAUCUGUCCAACACCCCCUCGGUCACUCUACCGUUCCAGACAAUAUGCUGGUCGCCCAGUCACAGUGCCCCCAUCAGGAAUCGGUGAAGAAAGUUGCACUCGAGUCCAAAAACAAAGGAGAGCUGUGCGUGAUGCCUUCAGAGCUGGAUGUGCAGCUAGAGGUUGAACGGUUGGCUGUGCGUGACUUCGCCCGCCAUCAGCAGGAGGCUGAAUUCUCGGAAACAUAUGAGCCACAGCCUACCCCGCCCACCAGCAAUGAGAGCCGCGAGUCUCACAACACAGUAGACUCCAAAAGUGGCCGCAAAAAGAAAAACAAGCCUAAGCUACCAGAGUAUGUGCUUGAUUUUGGCUAUGUGGUUCUUGGUGAGCACAGACAGCACGUUGUCAAGGCGACCAACACAGGCUGGUUCCCAGUCUCCUUCCAGGUGGAGAAUGAAAACAUCAAGCAUGCAGGCUUCCACGUGGAGCUGGACCGUGUCCGUAAUCUACCAGGCUCCCCUGACUAUGAGACUGUUGAUUUCUGGGUCAGCUUCGAUCCGCGUGGAGCCAACCUUGGUCUUGGGCCCGUGGAGUGCUCAGUACCAAUCAAUAUCCUAAAUGGGCCAAUGAUUAUGAUGCACCUGAAGGCCAACGUUACCAUGCCAGACAUGCAGAUCUCUGAUGACUCACUCGACUUUGGUGAGGUGCGGUGCGGGGAAUGUCGUGUGGUCAUCGUGCAGCUGCACAACUACCAGAAUGUUAAGUGUGAAUGGAACUCCCUGCCCACCGAGAAGGAGAAGAAACAGUUAUGGAAGUCGGAUAAGAGUAAGUCAGAGAAGCAUGUCCCGAUGCACCUAAGGCGGAAAAGCAAGGUGGACAAGAGCAAGCCCCGGCACUUUGAGAUCAUGCCAGCGACGGGCACACUGAUGCCUGGACAGAGGCUCAACGUCCAGGUCAAGUUCAUGCCCACAGAGGAGAAAUUUUAUGAGCAGCGUAUACCAAUUCGAAUUGCUAAGAGCAGCCAGCGAAUCCUGCUGCUGUGUCGUGGCCAGGGCUCAGAGCCACGCCUUGAUUUUGACUACAAUAUGAUGCAGUUUGGACCAAUUUUGCCACACAGCAUUGGGGAUGAAAAGGAGGUGCUCGUGCGGAAUCCAUGUGCCUUCCCGAUUGAGUUUUACAAUUUGGAGUUUGACUCGCAGUACUUGGAGGAGGAGAAAGUGCUCCGUCUCAUGAAAGGCUACGAUGAAUACAACACCGUCCUCCUGCCACCACGGGCAACCUCAGAGAAACUCCCACCAGAGCUCCUGGACUACUACGAAGAGCAGAUGCAGCGUGUGGAGGAGGCUGAGAAGGCUCGCCGGGAAGCAGUUGAAGCACUUGAGACACAGCGCGAUGGAGACGAUGAUGGAGAGGAUGGGAAGGAUGACUCGGAGAAAAGCGAGGCCGGGCAGGCAGGUGGUGGCACAGAUACAGCCCGCUCACGCCCUGAGUCCCUCGCUGACAGUGGUGAGGGCGGGGACACUUCCCGCUCACGUCAGCCCUCCGAGGAUGGUAAGGAGUCGGGCAGCAGUGUUGCAGUGGGAGAGAUGGAGAUUACCCCCGUAUCUAAGGCCGUCGCCCGCCACCUUGGAAUUGAUCUCUCACCAGAGGGCAAAGCAGCCAGGAACAGGCGGGGCAUUGCCAUCAUAGUGCACGGGGCACCACUAUCAGGCAAAACAACCACAGCAAUCACACUGGCCAAGCACUAUGAAGCAGCCCUGCUUUCUAUUGAUGGCAUCAUACUGGAUGCCAUCUCAAACGGAAACACUGAGGCAGGUCGCCGGGCACGGGAGCUGUGUGCAGAGGCAGCCCGACGUAGGAUGGAGGAACUGCGGGCCCAGGACGGGGAGGAGGGUGAACGGAAGCCUGCUGGUGGGCUAAGUGUGGAGGCUGUCGCUGCCCACACACAGGGUGCAAGUGGACACGUCAGCACCGCCCCCUCCAUGAUCAGCAACCGUAAAACGAGUACUGUUACAGAUCCUAAAGGACUCAAAGACAAGCAUGGUAGCAUUGCCGGCGGUAAGGGGAAUGUGAAUACGUCCUCCAUAGAUGGCGCCACAGGAUCACAGGUUCCGAGCAGCCCCCCACCCCUAGCAGCCCCGAUAGCGCGCCGACUGAGUGUGAGUGCCAGUGUGGCUGGGGAGUCUGGGUUGAUGAGCUGUGUACUCACGGAGGAGCUGCUGGUGGAAAUUCUUGCGGAAAGACUCCAGUUGAAUGAUUGUCACCGCGGCGUGGUUUUUGAUGGGCUAGAGACGCUGUUUGCCCAAAACCAGCUUGUGGCGGCAUCGGCCGUCCUGCGCUCACUCAACAACAGGCGGUUCAUCUACUUCAUCAACCUGAAGCACGACUACGCCCACAUGAAGGAGCAGGAGAAAAAGGAGCAGGAGGAGAGAGAGCACGUAGCUAGCGAGCGAGAGGAGGCAGAGAGGCGUCGUCUGGAGGAGAUGUCCGAGGACGAGUAUGACGCCCUCACUGAGAAUGACAAGGCUGAUGUUGACCGCAAACGCCUGGAGAUCAAGAAGGAACGCAUACGCAAACGCUGGGGCUCUUCGUACAGUAGGAGAAAAGAGAAGGAGGCGCGUGAGGAGCAGGACCGCAUACAGCGGGAACGUGAUGCAGAGUUACAGAAACAGCUUGAGGAAGAGAGGCUAGCUAAAAAGAAGGGCCGAAAGCCCAAGGAUGCUGGGAAGGAGGAACCAGGCAAGGACGGCAAGAAGAGCCAGGCCGCUGGCAAGGGUGUCUCCGCCAGCCAAGAGAAAAUGAAAAUCGCUGGCAAACACGAUGUGGACCACACCGUUAGCAAGACUGGCUCCAACACUGAGCGACCGGAGUCACACCAGACUGAGAAGAGUGACAGUCAAACAGCUGGCGAUGUCGACAAGAAACCAAAGAAGGGGAAGGAUGGUAAGGACGGGAAGGGAAAAGAGAAAGGGAAGGAAGGAGAUGCCCCACCCCCAGAGGAGGUGCAACGUGACCCCAUCAAGGAAGCAGAGCUGCUCCUCAUGCAGAAGUUCCGAACAUUUGAAGUUCACCAGAAGGAUAUAGCAGAGCUGGUUGAGUUCUGGGAUCGCACAACACUCACUGUGAAGCGACCCCGCACCCCAUCGGAACGCUCUGAUGAGGACCAUGCCCAACACCCACCCUCGGGAAAGAAGGUCAAGGGCAAAGGAAAUGCAAUUGUCGAGGGCUCGUCUGAUAAAACCAGUCGCCGCCUCUCCACUCAGCCAGCAGGCAAUGAGAAGCAUGACAAGGAGAAGGCGGAGAAGGAGCGCCAGAAGCAGCUGGAGAAGGAGAACGCUGAACGAAUGGCACGAGAGGCAGCAGAGGCUGCUCGGUCAGCAGGCGAGGGCGGUGGGGAGGAAGGGGAGGAAACUGUGGAUGGCUCCCCAGAACGAGAGGAGGUCGGCGUGCCACAUAUUAUCAUUGACGUCACUGAACGCUCUGCCACCCCUGGACAGAAACUCCAAGAUUCUGGCAAGCUGCCCACUGUUGAAGCUGUGCUUGAUGGACUUGGCCUCGGCCCUAAUGGUCCACCAAUUCCCCCACCAGCCAACUUCAGUGUUGUGCCCUACCCUGUCAAAAGACGAGCACCCCCGGUGUCAGAGUUUGGGGGACGAUACCUGUUUAUUGCUUCAUCACCUGAUGACCCGAAUAUCGGAGUGAUUGAGACAAAGGAGUCAGAGGUUGAAGAGGAGAAGUCAGUUACCCCAGACAAGGGGAAGGAUGACCACCCCACACCGACAAAGGGGAAGGGCGGUCGCAAGGAGGACAAGAAGGAUGGCAAGGAUAAGGAACGAAAGAAGAGUGCCGAGAGGAAGACCACGUCCAAGGGCUCACGGAGAAACUCCUCGGCGGCUGUUUCUCCCCCUCCUGGCCACACCACGCCCAUCUCUGAUGGUGAUGCUCUAAGUACUGCAGGAGAUGUAUUAUCAGGGCUGGAGAGUAAGACACCGAAAUUGACGAUAUUCCGGUGGAUCGUGCCAGCAGGCGGAGAGGUAAUACUGAGACUCAGGUUCCAGUCAGAGGAGCUUGGACAGUUUGACCAGACACUAAACUUUGAAAUUGUUGGCACACGGCGCCGCUACCAGGUGUACUGUCGUGGCAUUUGCGCCUUUCCGACUAUCAGCAGGGAACCAAGGAUUGUGUUCCCGCACCGCAGAAAGAGUAGGAAGCAAGAUGAGAUUGUACACAAGAAGUACAUACUAACGACAGAGACAUUUGAGUUUGGGCCUCUCCUGGUGGGCAGGAAUAGAGACAGGUACAAGGAGGGUCGAUUUCCGGAGCAUAUGGAAACUCUGUGUGUCAAGAACACGUCACCACUGGAUGCAGACAUCAGCUUCUGCUUCCUGCACGACAGUAAAGGCGAGACAUUCCUGCUGGAUCCGCCAACCAUGAUGCUUAAGCCGGGUGACCAGGCAGAUUUGAACAUUUGGGCAUACCCAAUGGUUCCAAACCACUACGAGGACUCGAUUGUGUGCUGUGUCCGCGAGAACCCUGAGCCUGUUGUCUUCAAAGUCUGCUGUGAUGCCUUCCGCCCAGAACUAGACCUGGACCGCAAACAACUCCACUUUGAUAGAGUUCUUCUUCACAGGAAAGACACAAAGACUAUUUACCUGCGUAACAGCACGCAGAUCCCAGUGCAUUGGAAGUUGAGUGGCCUUGACACUCUUGGGGAAGACUUUACCGUGGCUGCAGACAGUGGCAUCGUAGAACCCAAGUCCGAGUACGCUCUCAAUGCGUACUUCCGUGCUAUGAAACCUAUCAACUCUAUGAAGAAGAUGAUAAGACUGGAGAUAUCGGAUGCGGAUGAGACGAUGGGUGUGAUACGGACUGAGCCCAUACAGGUGCUGGCUGAGGCCUACGACGUUGCUGUCGACAUCGCUUUCCCAAAAGGCACAGAUGGUGGCCUCGACUUUGGAACAAUCAAGGUCAUGGACGAGGUGAAGCAGACAUGCACACUAAAGAACAAGGGAAAAUAUGACAUUGCCUUCAAUUUCCUGUUUGAGAACUGUGACCCCACAAACCCGAAUGUGACAAGCCUGUUCUCCGUGAUCCCAUCAAAGGGCACACUGGCCCCGCAGGACCGACAGACAGCUGUUCAGGUGAUCUUCAAAUCUAACAAAGAGGUGGCGGUGAAGGACAUUCCCAUCCUCAAGUGCCAGGUGAUCGAACCAAACAUCUCGGACAGUGGCACUCUUAUUGCCACUAUUCCUGUCAAGGUCUCCGUCAAGGCGGUCUUCAACAAAUACAACAUACUGCCUAUGAGCGACAUCAACUUUGGCUCACUGCUGGUAAACAGUAAGAAGAGUCGCACGUUCAUCAUUGAGAACAAGGGCGAGUUUGACUUCAAGUACCAGAUCACCAAAAUGGUGAAGGAGCCCGCUCAGCCGCCCGCUGGCAGGGGGACACGACCGCCUGUAAAGGGUGAUAAACGCACUAAAUCCCGGGAUGGCUCCAGCUCCGGUCGAUCCAUCGCCAAGCCUAAGAAAACAGAUUCAACCAGGCAAGAGAUGUUAGGCCAGUCCAAGUUGACUCUCGGGGCAUUCACAAUCUUCCCGGCUUUCGGGAUCAUCCUGCCAAAUGGGCACCAGACCAUCAAUGUGGAGUGUGUGGCUGAGACCCAGGGACGGUUUGAUGAGGAGCUAAGCGUAGAAAUUGCGGACAGGGAUCCGACAGAUCACCCCGGAGGAAUUCCCUACAAGCUGCUGGCCGAGGCCUGCAUCCCCUCCAUCAACACAGAUGACAUAGGCGCCAUCUUUGAGGAACACCGUGUCUGCAAGAACCUCAGUGUCUGGCAGCACACAAACUCCCUGGAAAGCAGCGGAGUGUACGCGGAGGAUGAGAAGAAGUUUGUUUUCAACAACGUCAUAGUUGGCCGUAAGGCGACUGCGAGGUUUAAGAUAUCCAACAACCAGAAGGUUCCAUGUGACGUUGUGUUCUCUGUGAAGCCAAUGAAUGCCAAGGGCUCAUCAAAGCACCAGGACAUAUUUGAGAUUGAUCCACCACGUGCCCAGGUGAUGAACCACAGCCACGUGUAUGCCACCGUGACCUUCACCCCUCCUUCCAUGCAAAGCUUCACCGCGAUAUUUGAAGCAGUAAUUGAUGGGCUGUCACCAAACCAGGCGAGGGGUAAAAAUCUGACGUUUGAAAUUUCUGGCGAUGGCAACCUGCCACGUAUCUCAAUCAGAAAACCAACAGUGAGAAACAAGAGAGGACAACCCUUACUACUGUUCAAGAAGAAUCUGGUGGGCCACACAGAGUCACUGCCCCUGGUUCUGGUCAAUGAUGGCACACUGCCCAGCAAGGUGGACAUUGACCUGAUUGACCCAGAUGGAGUGUUUCAGCUGCGGCCAGCAGAUGGCACUAACGCCAUUAUGGCAGACCCAGAUCAGGAAGAUGGAGGUCGCAGGCCACACACUGCAUCUGUCAAUGUGAGUGUUGGAGAGACAGUAAGCUUCUACGCGCUGUUCCGUCCGGGAGCUGUGCAGCGAACACAGGGCCAUGUGAGGGUGUCAGUGAUUGACAACCAGUAUGAGGACUCUGUGGUGCAGCUGGUUGGGGAGGGCUAUGAGGAUGAGAUUACCCUUGACAAGAUUGGCAGUGUGGAGACACCCAUCAACCCCGAGAAGGAGGAGGGGAACAUGGCGGAUGACGACGUCUCUGCUGCUAAACCAAACCUCAUUCGAUAUGGUGACUGUUUCAUCAAUGAGCCAAGGACGCUGACAUUUUCCAUGACAAAUCACUCGCGUUCUGACAGUAUACGGUUCCAGUGGCCAGAGCAUGCCCAGCUGCGGUUUACACCGACUGUAGGCCAUCUCCAUGCCGGGGCCAGCAAGGACUUCACUGUCACAUUCCGCUCUGAAAAGCCUGUGACCCUCACUGAGGCGCCUAUACCCUGCAGGGUCACUAAGAUCACCUUCCCAAAACCUGGACAGGUGUCAGACUGGGAUGACCGUAUCAGAACGGUACGUUGGGUAGAUGUGCCUGUGUCCGCUGGUGGGGAGAGCAGCACCGCUGGCACUGGCAACAAGACUGCCACCACCACUCCUCGUCCUGCCAAGAGGAAGGUGGUUGAGACAGAACCAGAACCCCCACACACUGAGGUUCCAGAGUCAGGUCGAAAUGUGGAGCUGCUGGUGAACGCAGUGGCCGACUUCAGCAAAUACAAGUGCAAGGUGGAGGCCAUUAAUUUCCGCGAGACUCUCAUGUUCCAGACGCGCGUCUACGAGUUUACGAUGAGUAACAAAGGGAACGUUCAGCUGGACUACAGCUGGCAGGUGGUGAUGGAAAACUUCACACCCACAAUCCAGCGGGCCGUUACCUUUAUCUCUGAGGGUGACCGUCCAGAGUCCCGCGUUGAUGUUGUUGACACUCAGUAUGUGCCCUUCACGGUGGAGCCGGAGUUUGGCACGAUCCUUGCCGGCAAGAAGACCAACUUCACUGUUAAAUUCUCUCCUCUGGACUCCAAUGAUUACGAGGGACGUCUUCUCUGCACGAUGUCUAACCUGGAGAAGAGCCAGCAGGGCCCUGUGCUGGGUGUGAGGGGGAAAAGCCUUAUGCCUUACUGCCACUUUGAGCUUGAGGACUCAGACUAUAUCACCAAUGCCCGCCGUAACCCAGAGAUGCGUGGACCGGGAGGAGCCCCGCCCGGGACUACCCUGGACCCCAACACCCGUGUCAUUGAGUUCCUCACAACUGGUGUCGCUGUCAAGGCCACCAAGUCAUUUGCGAUCGUGAACCCAACUAGCCAGCUGUACAGCUUUGAGUGGAUCUGUGAGGACGAGCCGGAUCCCAAACACCCACCAGCCUUCAACUGCCUCCAGCAUCGUGGUCAGAUACGCAGUGGCAAGAAAACAAACGUGACGUUUGAGUACAACACCACCCAGCUAGACACCAUGGAGUCAUUCUGGCGUUUCCAUGUGCCGGAACAGAAUAUCAACAUUCCGUUCCUUUUGGUUGGGAAGGCUCGUGAGCCCGACAUUGUCAUGGAUCGCUCUCACAUGAACUUCAAGGCUCUUCUCAUUGGUCAUGAGGCAGUUGAGACAGUGUAUCUGAUGAACAACGAAGACCAGCCAUUCCACUUUAACUUUGAGGAGGACUCGACCCACUCUGCUGGCUACUCUGCACAACUUUAUGUGGAGCCAAUGGCUGGCCAGAUACCACCAAACUCCAGCCUUCCCAUCAACCUUUUCUUCAAACCAAACUCGGACAAGGAGGUUAACUUCAACCUGGUGUGUAAUGUGCGCCGGAAGACUUUGCCAGUGACAUUGAACGUGAAGGCAGAGGGCUACUCGAUGGACUGUACGCUGCUGUGUGAGGACUCCACCGGAAACCGCAUCCAACUCACUCCUGACGGCCUCAACCAGAUAGACUUCAAGGAGGUGGAGGUGAAUGAGCAACAGAUCCGCAACUUGUUCAUCCUCAACUCGGGCAAGUUCAACUUUGACUAUGAGUGGCAGUUGAACAUCCCUGGCAAGCGUAGAGACAUGGUGAGCAUCGCACCGGAGUCAGGGGGCGUGAGCCAUGGGGAGCGGAAGAAGUGUGUGCUCUCUUUUUGCCCGACCUCCCGUAUGACUCUCCGUGACAGCGAACUCACACUAAAGGUUCACCAUGGGCCCAGUUUCCACGUUGAGCUGAAGGGUCUUGGUGUUAGCCCAGGACUCCACUUCUCCUUCCUGUCUGCCAACUUUGGGAGCUGCUUUGUAUACCGGGCUGGUAUGCCCACCCACACACGUACCCUUCGCCUCACCAACAAGGACAAGAAGGAAAUCAGUGUGGACUGUCUGUACACACCCACAGACUACUUGCGGUUUGCAUUUGAUGCCUGCGUUAUCCAGCCUGGCGACCAUGUGGAUGUGUUGUUUGAGUUUGUGCCACGUGAGGCACGCAAGUACCGUGAGGUUGUUACCUUUGAGGUGAAUGGCCUUUCCAAACAAGACAUAGAAAUUCUGGGAACUGGAACAGAAAUGAAGAUUGAGGUGGCCAACCCGAAGCACAAGAUCCUGAACCUGGGAGCCCAGGUGGUUGGAAAGGUGGUGAAACAGUAUGUGCCCAUUGUGAACAACAGCCCCGCUGCAAUAACGUUCACGCUGGCACUCACCCCAACCACACCAGCGCUGCAGACACCUGGGGUUCUGGCCAUCGCCCCAACCCACCCCAUCACCCUGGAGGGCCGUGGGGGAACCUGUAAGGUUGAGGUUCUGUUUAAGCCGCAGGGCCGCAUUCCCCAGUUCAUGGAGGAGGUGCUGCUUGAGUGUGCAGGUCUGUCACAGCCGCUGUUUGUCAUCCAGGGCUCAUGUCUGGGGAUGGAGGUCAGCCUCGACACAACCUCCAUUCCAUUCGGGGCCGUUGUCCAGCGCAGCCAGACCUCCCGCAAGAUUGUCAUGUCCAACACUGGCGAUAUGAAUGCCAAAUUCAACUGGGAUGUGGAGAGUUUCCGGCCUGACUUCUCCAUCUACCCUGUACAGGGCUACAUCACUCCUGGCAUGGAUGUCACCUUCGAGGUGCUCUUCCACCCACAGGAGAUCAGCCAGGACAUCAGAUAUGACAAGCUGAGGUGUUCCCUAGAGGGCGGACCCCACAAGCCAGUGACCCUUACACUGACUGGGACCUGUAUUGGUAACCCACAGACUCGUGAGGGUCAACACUUCUCCACAAAUGUGAGGGUGAAAGAUACUAAAAACCUGACCAUUCCCAACCGAAGCAACCAAACUUGGCAUCUUAAACCAAUUAUCGAGGGUGACCAGUGGAGCGGGCCAGUCUCAUUUAUCGUGGAGCCACAGCAGACCCGCCAGUAUGAGAUCACUUACCUGCCCCUAACCAUGACCACCGAGGGCAAGAAACACCAGGGGUCUAUAUUCUUCCCAUUGCCGGAUGGCUCGGGGCUGAUGUUCAACCUGUUGGGGACUGCAGAGGCGCCACGGCCCAGUGGAAAGAUCCAACGAGACAUUCCAUCCAAGACCUGGUAUAACGAGAUGCUACCUGUUCACAACUGGCUCAAGAAACCACAGAGGUUCCGUGUGAAGGUGGAGCCGAUGCGGCAGGAGAAGUUUGACACAGGGAUCCAGAUAAAGAACAUGGACUACAUUGAUGUGCCGGCCAGCAGCAAGAAAGACUACAAACUCUCCUUCUACGCCUACAAGGAGUUUGUCACAUCCAUGAAGAUUACAUUCAUUAAUGAGCCGUCUGGGGAGUACCAGUAUUACGAGGCAACAUUCAAGGCAACGCGACCUGGUGUCAUCUCCACCAUUGACUUGGUGACGCCGGUACGGCAGUCCGUGCACCACAAAAUCCGGCUGGACAACCCGCUGCCCCAGCCUGUACUCUUCUCAGCCACCUGCAACAUCCAAGAAGUGCUCAUGCCCAGUACCCUCAAUGUACCACCAAACUCCAGUGCGGACUUCACGCUGGAGUACCAGCCACUGCGUGUCGGGGAGGCUGUUGCACGUCUUGAGUUCAGCAACAAUGAGCUGGGAUUUUACUACUAUGACCUUAACCUGAAGGCGACAUCUGCUGGCCCCGAGCGAGCACUCUACUUCCGUACAUGCAUAGGCCAGAGCCAGGUCCAAGUAGGAAAGUUCCUCAACUUCGCCAAGCAGAAAACAGACUAUGCUUGCAAGGUGGACAACGGGGAUUUCCAUGUAGACAAGACAGUGGCUGCGGCUCCAGGCUCCACUGGAGGAACUGAGGUGGCCCUGGACGUGACGUUUGAACCAUCACGCCUGGGUGAGCAGCGGGCCCUGCUGGUAGUGAGCUCCCCUCUGGGCGGCGAGUACACUUUCCCACUGUUUGGCACCUGCAUCGCCCCCAAACCCCAGGGGCCUUUUAUUAUCAAGUCUGGAUCCACCACAACCAUCACCUUCAGGAACGUCUUCAGUAACACAACAGCAUUUACAUUCCAAGUGGACAAUCCGCUUUUCCAUCUUGUAAAGUCCAGCGAGAACAUUAGAUCCCGAAAAGAUCAUCGCAUUGCUGUUGGAUUUGAUGGCAAUGAUUCAGGCUCAAAGGCCGCAGUGAUGGGAAAACUAGUUGUCACUUGUGCGCGGUCAGCUGGCGGCAACUCUAAUGUACAAUGGGUCUAUUAUCUGAAAGGAAUUACCCAGUAACUGAACAUUGUGACUAAGUGAUAAAAAUGUAACUUAAACAUUGACCAACAAUUAAGGGUCAUGUUGUUUGUCUUUUAUUAGUUGUUAUUUGUUAUAAACAUUCAUAUAAAAAAAUGUAAUGUACACAUUCCUGUUAUGUAUUUGUGUGUUAUGAUAUAUACCUAUAGUGAUGAUAAAUUUUCAUGUGAGAUAUUUUGCUUUUCAUAGAAAGGAACCUAUUUAUACUGCCCAUUGUAUUAGUGAAAAUUGAUUGUGAAAAAGGCUGUUAUUUUUCCAGCUAAGUAUUUUACAAGUGCUGCUUUAUCGAUGUCCGUCCAAAAUACUUAUGUCCACAAUAUAUUUUCUCAAUUUCUUUUUAUAUUACCACUUGUUAUUAUCAUUGUAUAUUUUGAUAUCAAUUGCCCAAAUUAGCUAUGUAAAUCCGUUUCAAUGUGUUAUCUUUGAGCUGCGGUAUUUGAACUGGUGUGAUGACACAACUUGGAUAUUCUGCUGUGAUAACUCGCGAGGUUUACAUUUGUUUGUAAGAAAAUGACGAUAAAUUAAAGCUGUGAUAGCCUGCGAGUUUUACUCAUUUGUUUGUUAAAAAAUCACAAUAAAUUUAAGUUGUGAA